CCGUCAAGCUUACUUCACAUUCACAAUAUAACGGUCCUACCCCGCGUAUAUUUCAAAGAACCAAAACUUGAUUUAAAACUAAACAUAGGAAAUAUCGAAGUUUUAGGGUUUCUUCUUGUCAAUCUUCCCUCUUCUUCAUUCAGAAUUCUCUGCUAAAUUUCCAGCUUGAAUCCAUCAUCCACCUUCUACAAUGUCAAGCAUAGAAGAGCCACUUGGUCUGGACAAAUUGCAAAACCUAACUACCAUUGAUCGAUUUCGGAGGUUCUCAUCCAGUGCUUGUGGGCAUAGAGGAGAGGAUAUGGGAAUGGGAAAUUAUUGGAUUGAAGGGAGAAAUUGCAGCUCUUCCAACAACUGUGAAGAAGAGUUUGAAAAAUAUGAUGGAGGGAGAUUAUCAUGGAAAAGAAAAACAAUUAGUCCGGUUUAUGGAAUUUUGCGUGAUUCCUGGCAUUCGCAUGAUCAGCCAUAUACCUCUUAUCGCAAAGGCAAAGCUGCAACAGACACGAAUAGCAGUUUCUUCAGAGGAAUUCCAAAAUAUGUGAAAAUAGUUGAAGUUGGUCCCAGGGAUGGAUUACAAAAUGAGAAGAAUAUUGUACCUGCAGAAGUGAAGGUAGAAUUGAUUCAUAGGCUUGUUGCUUCUGGAUUGUCUGUUGUCGAGGCCACCAGUUUUGUCUCGCCAAAGUGGGUUCCUCAGCUUGCAGAUGGGAAGGACGUGAUGAAAGGUGUAAGGCAUUUAGAGAAUGUUAGGCUGCCUGUAUUGGUACCUAAUAUAAAAGGCUUUGAAGCAGCAAUUGCCUCUGGGGUGAAAGAACUAGCUGUUUUUGCAUCUGCCACUGAAUCGUUCUCAAUGUCAAAUAUUAACUGUACUAUUGAAGACAGUCUUAACCGUUACCGUGCUGUUACUGAGGCUGCCAAAAAACACUCAAUACCAGUUCGUGGGUAUGUGUCCUGUGUGGUUGGCUGUCCAGUGGAGGGAGCAACUGCUCCUUCAAAAGUGGCAUAUGUAGCAAAGGAACUUUAUGAUAUGGGCUGCUUUGAAAUCUCCCUUGGUGAUACAAUAGGAGUUGGAACACCUGGCACUGUUAUUCCGAUGCUAGAAGCUGUAAUGGCUGUCAUUCCUGUCGACAAACUUGCUGUCCAUUUUCAUGACACUUAUGGGCAGUCACUUUCCAAUAUCUUGGUGUCACUACAAAUGGGGAUUGGUGUAGUGGAUUCAUCGAUUAGUGGUCUAGGCGGCUGUCCAUAUGCAAAGGGAGCUUCUGGUAAUGUAGCCACAGAAGAUGUUGUAUACAUGCUCCAUGGGCUCGGUUUGAAGACUAACGUUGACUUAGGAAAGCUCUUAUCAGCUGGGGAAUUCAUCAAUAACUACUUGGGCCGCCCAUCUGGUUCCAAGACAGCCAUUGCCUUGAGCCGGUUGAAUGCUUCAAAGAUAUGAAGAGGGAACAAACAACAUAAUAAGCAUCCAAACGAAGCCGAAUUCAUUCUUCUUAGGCAGUUAUUUACCAAGUUAUUGUACUAUAUAUAAGACAACUCCUCUACUAAGAACAUAAGCUGGUUAUCCAAGUUACUGUACUAUAGAAGAAACUAUAAUCUUUUCAAGCCUGAGCCAAACAAAAUUUACUGUAGAAUCUGAUCCCCAGAGAAAAUUUGGAUAAUAAGGGAAAAGAUUAAUAUA